GGCGGGCGAUGGAGAGCAGAGCCCAGGCCCGCGCCGUCCUUCCGUGCACGAAGCUGCCCAACACCUGAGUCGGAAGGCCUCCGCCCCGCGCGCCUUUCCGCGGCACUGCCACUCUGGCCGGCAUGUGGGCGCCGGGGCGCUCCGCUGAAGUGCGCAGCAACCUGUCGAGCGCAGCGGAGGACUGCGGCUCGGUGUCCGUGGCCUUCCCCAUCACCAUGAUGGUUACCGGUUUCGUGGGCAACGCGCUGGCCAUGCUGCUUGUAUCGCGCAGCUACCGGCGCCGUGAGAGCAAGCGCAAGAAGUCUUUCUUGCUGUGCAUAGGCUGGCUGGCCCUUACUGACUUGGUGGGGCAGCUCUUGACCAGCCCGGUAGUCAUCCUCGUGUACCUGUCGCAGCGGCGCUGGGAGCAGCUCGACCCAUCGGGGCGCCUAUGCACCUUCUUCGGACUGGCCAUGACGGUGUUCGGGCUGUCCUCGCUCCUGGUGGCCAGUGCCAUGGCCGUGGAGCGCGCGCUGGCCAUUCGCGCGCCGCACUGGUACGCUAGCCACAUGAAGACUCGCGCCACGCGCGCUGUGCUGCUAUGCGUGUGGCUGGCAGUGCUUGCCUUCGCACUGCUGCCAGUGCUGGGGGUGGGCCGCUACAGCGUGCAGUGGCCCGGCACGUGGUGCUUCAUCAGCACCGGGCCCGCGGGCAAUGAGACCGACCCUGCGCGCGAGCCGGGCAGUGUGGCCUUUGCCUCCGCCUUCGCCUGCCUGGGGCUGCUGGCUCUAGUGGUCACCUUUGCCUGCAACUUGGCUACCAUCAAAGCCCUAGUGUCCCGCUGCCGGGCCAAGGCCGCCGCCUCUCAGUCUAGUGCCCAGUGGGGUCGGAUCACCACCGAGACGGCCAUCCAACUCAUGGGGAUCAUGUGUGUGCUGUCUGUCUGCUGGUCUCCGCUAUUGAUAAUGAUGUUGAAAAUGAUCUUCAAUCAGACAUCCGUUGAGCAAUGCAAAACACAGACGGGAAAGGAGAAGGAGUGCAACUCCUUCCUGAUUGCAGUUCGCCUGGCUUCGCUGAACCAGAUCUUGGACCCCUGGGUUUAUCUGCUGCUAAGAAAGAUCCUUCUUCGGAAGUUCUGUCAGAUCAGGCAUCACUCCAACUAUGCUUCCAGCUCCACCUCCCUGCCCUGCCCAGGCUCCUCAGCUCUGAUGUGGAAUGACCAACUGGAAAGAUGACAAAUACCCUGAGGUGGAUUUUCAUUGCAGUUCCUGCUUCCCUGGGUCUGUGAAUUUCUCCCCCGCGCCCCGUCCCCAGAAAGAUAACUGAAUAUUUUGGAUUGUAUCUUCUUUUGGCUCCAUGUUUUAAUUUUUUCUUGCCAUUAAACAACUGAGACAAGCUUUCUUAUGAUAACCAGAACUUCUGGAUGCUGAUUGACUUCUGUGAAGGACUGGGACUCUGCACUUGGGAAGUAGGGCAGAACUGCAUAGACAAGGCUUGUGAGAAGCACAGACAAACUUGGUAGAGCACCGUCUCCAAUGCCAGCCUUGACAGAACAUCUUCACAUGUUCUUGUAGUUUGAUUCUUCUACAUAGAUUUGAAAAAGCAGCAUAACUUUUAAUCAGUGAAACAUCAACGUGUUGGGUAUGAGCUUAACAAGACAAAAAGCUGCAUGGGAAGGCAAGGGGCAUUGAGCAAAGGGUGUUUGUGCCAAGCAGGCACGGGACACCACAGAGUUGUGUCCUUUUCAACAAGGCUGGGAAAUAAAGUUUCUAACUUAAUUCUGGUUAUAGGCCCCUCAGUGAUUCAGGAAUCACACUAUUGUUUCUCUGCUCUUAAAGGGAGCAGUUCAGCUAAGGGUGCCUUCCAAGUGUGUGGGAGGCUGUGAGAGUCCAGCCGCCACCUUCCCCACCUUUUCUAGGGUUCUUAGGAGGAGGAGAGAGGGUUAAGAAAAUAUCAGAUAAAAAGAGAGACCUAGUCAAUGAGAAGAAAGACAGAAACACAGGAUAGCUUCAGGAGGGCCUGGAUCAAUGUGCAACAACCUCAAAGGUUUAUUGAAAAAGACUUUUUAUAACAUGCCAAGGGGAGAGGCAAAAGAGCUCCCCCUUGCUAGAUCAAAGCACACGGUACAGCCAAAUGUAGACCCUUCUAAACACCUGGUAAACAUGCUGGUGGUCAAAUCAUCUCCUUAUACAGCCCUGCAGGGUAAAGCAAGCUCAGAUUCUCUGACCCUGAGUAAUUUGAGCUCCCACAUAAGUGUCACUAACAAUUCCAAGGCUAGAUGACUAAAUGUUCAGUUAAAACCAUAAAAAGGAAAACCAGAUACAGCCAGCUAAUUAUGGUUCCAGUUCAAUCUUAUUUCUGAAUCACUAUCAACUUAAGAUUUCUCAUAAUUUGUGCUCAGGCAGCACACAAAAAAAACAGGCAAAAUUAAUAAGUGACAAUUAUUCUAUAUCAAGUCUGUGACUUUUUGUGAAAUAAAAUGAUUUUGUCUGUGUUGAUAUAGUGAACUUUAAAAAAUAUUUGAGUUCUUUAAUAGCUUCCAUCUGGUACACAUUUGCCUGCUUGUAAAUCCAACAACCUGUUUUUCCUUCUUCAGCCUGCCCUUUGGAUUCCUCUCCCCACCCCCUAGUUCACCUAGUUCAGCAGAUGUUCAGUGUCUGCCUAGGCAGUCACUAUAUCACACUGUCACCUCUGUGGGUGUCUUGAGAAGAGAUGAGAAUCUGGGAUCUGCUGUUUCACCCUGGGAGCCUGUAUCAGGAGUCCAUUGUCACUCUGUCCACCUAUAACUAAAUGAUGUGGUCCGUGAAUCAGCUGUCAACUCCCAUUGCUUUAUUUUGACUCUGUUUUUACAAUGGACUUUACUAGCCCUUAGCUGAUCACUCAUACUACCCACUUCUCAGAGUUAAGUUCAAUGACCAUUACUGAGCACAGGGUAAAGAUCACCAUCAGAGCAACAUCCGUCCUUACCUUCAUGGCUAUUGAGCUGUAUCUAUAUUUCAUCUUCACAAGACAGAGCUCUGUACAGGGUUCUCCAUUAGUACCAUCACUUAAGAUUUCCCGCUUAAAGGACCAGGUGAUGUAGCACGAGUUUUGAAGCAAAGUUGGAUUUGACUCUCAAUACAUCACGCACAGGCCCUAUGCCCUUGAGAAAGCUUCAGUACAUUACUGGGUCUCAAAUUAACCUACCUAUGAGAUGAAAACAGUACUUCCCAUAGAGUUAUUGUGAGGAUCUCUGUGAAGUGUAUGCAAUGUACUAGACCAGUAAGCAUUGACAGUGUUUAACUCUUUGUUCAGAAUUAUUUCCAAGGACUUGAUAUGAGCUCUCAGUUUCAACUACAAACUGACUUCCUUACUGCAGGGGGUUGAAUGUCAUGGGCAGAAUCCACUUCAAACCCAGGUGUUAGUAUCUGUACCAUGUUACCAUUGUAGAACUUCCCACUUCCCAUGUGUUCUCUCCUUGUCUUAGGCCUUGGACAAUUCAUACUUAUGUGUGUCCUCAUCUGUACUCUCAUUCUGGCAUUACAUGGACCCCACAGUAUCAUACCAUACUGUUCCUUAGACACUUAUACUCUGUGUCCUUUUUUCCCUUGAAAAACAAUGGAUAGAUCCCUUUUUAUUAUAUUUUCUUAUCUAUCUCAACAUUGUGUUGUCCUGUCUGACACCUAGAAAGUUGCUACUGAUUUAGUAAAUUAUCAGCAGGGGUGACAUCUAUAUAGAGGACUACCAGUCUUUAAUAGGAAGGAAUUCAGUGGGAUGCUGCUCCCAUAUUACCAUUCAGCUGAGGAAAUUUCAUGUUAACUUCCUGAUUUUUGUGUCUAUCUCCAAGGAAUCUAAUCAUACUCAGUUCAACACAAGAAUGUAAGGCUCCUUUUGUAAUAAUAAUAAUAAUGCAACUGGAGAAGCUUGACAAAGGUGAUUUCCAGACACCAGACUGGCCCUUUUGUGAUCCAUCCAAACUCUGAUAGAGAAAGUAUGUGUUUCUGUAAAAUACUUCUGGUGCUGUUUUUAAAAACAGGCUUUUGUUUUUAGCCUAGUUUUAGGUUCUCAACAAAACUGAGUGGAAUUCAAAGAAUGGUUUGCCUUUUAGUUCAGAGAAAUCAUCUACUGAAGAUCAGAUGUAGCUGGAAGUUUUCCUGUGUCCUGCCCGGCCCUGAGGUCCCUCAGCUGCUUAUAAAAUAAUCAUGCAGAGGCUUAAUUACCAACUGUAUGGCCUAUGGCAGGCUUUUUGCUACCUAGCUCUUAUAACUUAACUCAACCCAUAACUAUAAAUCUAUGUAUCACCAUGUGUUCCGUGGCUUUACCUGCAUCC